GGUUUAAGCCGGAUAUGGGAGGAGCUCGGUGCAUGGACGCCAUCUACAACAUGACGGUGUUUUCAAAUGAGAAAUUUGAAGGUUUUUUUCUUUUUGUAAUGUUCUGAAAUGAUCUGUAUCAUCGCCACCUAUACACAUGCAAGUGUUUUAGACACAAAUAUCGACUAGAGGCGGUAAUUUCUCCGAAAGAUCAAUUGAUUACAUAUAAUUUAACAUUAGCACGAGCGAAGUGGGUCUUUUUUUUAAGUAACGUCAACUGACUGGCGAAAUAUCAGCUUCUAAUUUGGAGACAUCAAAUGGUUUCACCUCUGGUCUGCGCCGCAGUAGUUUUCUGGUCUAGUAACUAAUAGUGGACAGAGGCCACCCUGAGUUUGCUUUGACCAACUCCUUAUGUCUGAAGACUCGAGCACCGAUGAUGAAUGGUGUGCAUCCACAAAAAGGAAAUGCUGGGAAUGUGGCAAAAAAUUCAGCAGCAUAACGAGCUUGAUGUCGCACUACAAAAACCACAAUAUCAAAGCCACCUGCCACAUCUGCACAGUUACUUUUCGACGCCUGACUUCACUUUCUACGCACCUUGAUAAUGUACACUCGCCCCCUCUCUGCAAAAAGUGUCAUCAGUCUUUCAGUAAUGUGUGGGAAUUAAACAAGCAUGCAGAGACACAUUGCGUGAGCUCAGCACCAUUUCAAGAUGCACCUUCUUUGAUCUCUGCAGUCAAAUACCAGAGUACGAACAGUGACAACUUUUCUACUCAGGAGACUGUACAGCAAAGCACAAACUCAGAGUCGAGACCUCAAGAAAGGAUUGAGAUGACGCCUGAGACAUCUGAAAACAGUGUAGAGUAUAUAGUGGGUGAAGAUGAUAAAGAUAUUGACACGGAAAGUGAUUAUGAGAAGGUAGAUGAUUCAACAAGCUCAGAAUCUGAUGAUGAGGAUAAGACGAUCUCUGCACCUGAAGACUUGCAUCCAGAUGAUCCAGAGUCAGAUGGUGGCUCAAACUCAAGUUCAACUGAUUAUUCCAGUGACUCUUCAAACAAUGCUCACUCUAAAAGCACCCCAGCAGUCCCUCCUAGUGUUAAUAGUUCAAUAUGUGCUGCGUGUGGUAGAGGGCCAUUUAGGUCUAUGAAACUCCAUUUGUUGCACUGUAGUGGUAUAAGGGUGAAAUAUCAGUGUUCACUGUGCAAGGAGCUCUUUGUAUCUGAGGCGUCUCUCAAUGAACACUACAUGCCUUUGUAUACUUGUGACAUCUGUGGUCAAGUUUUCUCUCAUGAAAACUCAUACCAUCAACACCAGUGUCCCAAAGGAAGCAAAUCACCUUUGGUCCUCUUUUGUUCCGAGUCAAUGCCGCAAGCAUGUAACAUAUGCAAAUCCUUUUUCACCUCUGAGAAAACUUUGUUAAACCAUGUCACCAAAGUUCACACGUCAGUGGUCAGCACCAAGGUGUGUAUCAUUACCAAUCCAUCAGCACUGACUGAUAAAAAGGUUGCACCAGGUGUCCGUGGCACUGCAGCCCAGUCAGCCAUCAGUUCUCCAAAUGUAGUCAACCAGGUCAUGAAUGGACAGCUCCGUGUUGCCCAAACACAUGCAGGGUCAUUGUCUACUGGUGUGAAAUCCAGCCAUUCCCCUCUCUUGACCUCCUCUCACCUUGGCAAACUUCCUACCCCAAUAUUUUUGGCAUCUGCUACUGCACCUGUUAGAGUGGGAAAAGACAGCAUCCUAGGUCAGUUGACCAAACAGCCUUUAAGCCAUCUUUCUACAUCUUUAUUUGGUACCACUGACACCACUCCCACCACUGUGGCCUCUGACCCUGUCUCCCCACCAAUGCCCACUAUUCUGGCCAUGUUUGAGAAUGGCAGCCAGAAUAUAGCUUUGAUGAAACGUAUGAACACAGGCUGGCGGUCCAAGGCCCCUUACCCUUGCAGGCAGUGUGGUGCCAUCUUGCGGCAGCCCUCCCUCAUCAUCAGCCACCGAUACCUCCACAGAGGCCGGCGCUCACACCAGUGCCAGUGUGGACGAGCUUUUAAGAACCGACUGCACCUACUGCGACACUGUGUUCAGCAUGCGGAGACCAUAAGCUACAUCUGUGUCAGCUGUGGGGAGACUUUCACAGGAGCAAAACUCUUAGCCGAGCACAUGAAGGGCAAGUCACGGAAAACAUCCCGAUCUGGACAUAAGUGGAAACGUAACAUGAAGAGAAAAUGUAGAAUGCCCUUUACAUGUGAUUGUGGACAACUUUUUUUCAGGCCUUCAGCCUACAUAUGGCACCAACUUCGAAACAGGACAAAAACAAAACAAUUGAAGAAGCCCUCGAAAUGAUGUGUCUGUGAUUUGUACAUCACACUUCAAGACUAGGUUGAAUCUAAAGGGAUUUUUCACACAUCAUUGUCAUUAUUUUUUCUAAUUUCUGCAUUGCUAAGCGACAAAACCACAUGCACGUUAAUUCUUAAUGGCUUUUAAUCAUAAGCAGGUUCCGGAUGGUUAACAUGUUUUCACCAUGUGCAAAUGAUACACAAGUAAACAGGGUUAGAACAAGAAGUUCUUUUAACAACACACCAGAAUACAAACUGACAGACAACGAAUAAUGUUCAGUGUUGGAUUAAGUUAAAAGACACAUAAACUCCAGUUUAUCCUCUAGAGAAAGAGUUGGUCCAGUUUUGCUGAUUUUUCUCACAAAGUGCAUUUUUCACAGUGAGGUUUCUAUGGGUGUUUUUGAGUGUUUUUCAGAUUUGUUUUCACUACAGCUGGUCCAAAUGUUAUGUUCCUGUGAGACUUUGUAAAGGUCCUGGGAUUCAGCUUGAAAAUAGUAUAUGACUUUUUAUUAUCAUUAUUAUUAUUAUCAUUAUUAUAAUUGUUACACAAUGUUAACAGGCCUCAAUGUUAUGUAGUUUAUUUAAUUCAUGUGCACUAGAUGGAGCUGUUGGGUUGUUGAAAGCUGAGUUUACAAGGCAACUUGCACCUAAGCUUCACACUUAGAACAGGUGUAAGCUGAUGAAUACAACCUUAAAUGUAGACUUUCAUUUGUGUUUCAGUUGACACAUCUUCACAUCUAAAGAAGAUUGUUUCUUCCCACAAUUGAAUUGAGUUUAGUUUCUUCUUGAGCAACCAAACACACUGCAUUCACAAUUCUUUUCAGUAAGCCUGUUUACAAACAAUAAUCUACUUGGUAACAAUUAAACUAUCUGCUAAUGAGAAAAGA